GAGCCGAAGAAGUGGCGACGUUGACGCUUUAAAGAGCGCACGAGACGCGGAAGGAAUGACGUCAGAGGCGGCGGCGGCGGCUCCCCCCGUGUGUGUUGGUGGUGUCGUUGUGUGUGAGCGUCGCCUCCGUGGCUGUGCGGUUGUCUGUGCGGUUGUCUGUGCGUCUGUGUGCGCGCACGCGCGGACAACAACAACAACAACCUGUAGGAUACGCGCGUAGAAGCUGCUGCUGCUGCUGCUGCUGUUGUUGUUGCCGCUGCUGCUGUUACAGCCCCCCUGAGAUCAACAGCACAGGCAGCUCGGCCUCCGGCCAUGGCGGCCGAGAUCCACACCGAGGCGAGGGUGCGGCGUCCUCUCCUGCUGGCCAAGAUCGAAGGCUCCCAGGAUGUGGUGAACAUGGCAACCAUCAUUCCCAAGGAGGACGGAAUCAUCAGCGUCAGCGAGGACAAAACCAUACGCGUGUGGAUCAAGAGGGACAGUGGCCAGUUCUGGCCCAGCGUGUUUCAUUCGAUGCCAGUGGCCUGCAGCACCAUGUCCUACAACCCUGAGACACGGCGACUUUUCGUGGGCCUCGACAACGGAGCCGUGGCGGAGUUCUCGAUGUCUGAAGACUUCAAUAAAAUGACGAGCACCAGGACAUACGCUGCGCACCAGCAGCGCGUGACCGGGGUGCACUUUGUGCUCGAGUCCGAGUGGGUGCUGAGCACGGGUCAGGACAAGCAGUUCACGUGGCACUGCUCAGAGAGCGGCACCCGCUUGGGUUCACACCGAACGGCCGCCUGGGCCUCCUGCCUGCAGUACGACGUGGAGUCGCACUACGCCUUCGUGGGCGACUUUGCGGGCCAGGUGACCGUGCUGAAGCUCGAUGCGGGCAGCUGCAGCAUCAUCACCACGCUCAAGGGACACACGGGGAGCAUCGGCUCUCUGUGCUGGGACCCCGUGCAGAAGCUGCUGUUCUCCGGCUCGUCUGACAACGCCAUCAUCAUGUGGGACAUCGGCGGCCGCAAGGGCACAGCCAUCGAGCUGCAGGGACACAGGAACAAAGUGCAGGGCCUGUGCUACGCUCAGCCGACGCGGCAACUGCUGUCGUGCGGCUCGGAUGGAUCCAUCGUCGUGUGGAACAUGGACGUGCGGCGGCAGGAGACCCCACAGUGGCUGGAGAGUGACUCGUGCCAGAAGUGCGCGCAGCCCUUCUUCUGGAACUUCAAGCAGAUGUGGGACAGCAAGACCAUCGGCCUGAGACAGCACCACUGCCGUAAGUGCGGGAUGGCGCUGUGCGCCAAGUGCACCGCCCAGCGCUCCACCAUCCCCAUGCUGGGCUUCGAGAUGGAAGUGCGAGUGUGCGACCCCUGCUACGAGUCCAUAACCGACCAGGACCGCGCCCCCAUGGCCACGUUCCACGACAGCAAACACAACGUGGUGCACAUGCAGCUGGACCUGACGCGAAGCUGGCUGCUGACCUCCGGCACCGACAAGGUCAUGAAGCUUUGGGACGUCGCGUCCGUCAUCUCGUGAGGGUCGCGCCGGGUCACGCCAGGUCACCAGGCCUGGCGCGGUCGACGUGGGGGUGGGAGAAAGUGAAGGCGACGACCGUGACGAUAACGACGACCGUGACGAUGACGAUGAAGAACCACCGCCACCACCGCUGCUGCCUGGUGCACUCCGAUCUGCCGCCGUCCCGGACUCCACCGAUCGAUCCCCAGGGUCCUCCUGCACCUGCGUGGUGAACGUGGCUACGUUCCGCGCGGGGGCGCUCAUCCAAUCCGCGAUAUCUUUACUGCACGGCACACACACACUUAUACUUGUGUACAGACACUUAAGACACGCACGUGUGCAGACGUGUACAGGCAUGUGUUUGCAGACACGUAUACACAUGCCCACAUGUGCCCAGAUACUUGUGCACACACACGUGCGCGCGCACACACACGCGCGCGUGUGCAUAUAUGUAUAAUAGAACUCGCGUGCGCACACACACACGUACAGGGAUGCAUGUAUAUGCACACAUGUGCAACGACAUAAGCAUAUACAUGCGCAUGCAUACACACACUUAUACGUUUGCCACAUACACAAAUGAAUGCGUGAACACCGAUACGCACACACACACACACUAACACGUGCACUCGCAUACACCUGUAUGAAUGCGCACGACUAUACGUACACACACACGUGCUUGAACACAGCUACACACAUCUGUGGACACACACAUACACACAUAUAUACUCAUGUGUGCACACAAACGACUCUCUGCAGCCUUAUAGACUUGAUAGAGGCACAUGCUGUUAGCGAGCACCUAUUAAGGUCAAAUGGCACACAAGAGGCUGGUGUCGCCAGUGGUGUUCACACACCAACACUCGGUACUCAUUUAGGGCCAAGUUAACCUAUUGGAGGUUCAGAUAUCACUCGCCACCGAUGUUAGCCACGCCCGGGAAUUGAACCCUGGUCACCGAGAUCGUAACGUGGUGCGGGGAACCACUUGCCAACGCCGCUCCACCGGCACGUUCCGAGGGCGCACGUUCCCGAACAAAAAAAUCGACUUCCGCUCUUGGUGCCGUCACUUUUUGCGAGCGUCUUCCGCAGGCUCAGAGACCCGUUCGUGCUGUCGGCAAUCGCCGAACGAGUCGCAACAUUCGGCACAAGAACGCUCGCACGGCAGCCCGUUGCCCGUGCGUUCGAAGAACGGCCCGCAGAAGGAGAUUACCGCAGGACUGCUUCUGUAAUCCCCUUUUUUUUUGUGUUCACGCACUUAAAUGACGCGUGCACUUUAUUGCCACCCGAGCCGCCGCCGCCGCCGCCGCUGCUGCAGAGAAAUGUUCAUCGCGUGACGGUCAAACUGUGCUUUUAAUGUUCACCGCUGGAAUGCAUCCAAAUUGAGUGCGAAACCCAAGUUUUCUUUUUCUCGUUCGUUUGUCCGUGCGGUCAUUGGCGACGAGGUCGGAGAGGCCAUCGGCCCGCUGCGUUGGAGAACCUGGGUUUAAUCGCGGGCAGCAGCCGACACCCCGCACUCAAACCCAGGAUCUCAGCGGAGCCAGCUUGGUGCCCUCUGAACCCCCCCACCUGACCCCCCACCCCCACCCCACCUGACCCCACUUCACCUUGCACAGAAUCGGUCUUCGCGAAAUACGGCGUUACGGACGCGUGCUUUUUGGUACAACUAUCGCAAGCCCUGCCCUGGGUGAACGCCUCCGGCUGUUACAACAGUGUGGCAGAGCCACGUUGGCAGGUGUUGUGACAUUGCUCAACACGGGAUCCGAUUUUCUCCCCCCCCCCCAAUCCCCCUCAAUGGAACCCCGAUACCUGCAUUGCCACCUGCAGUUCGUGGUGUAAUUAUGGAACUUAAACCUUCCCCCCCCCCCCUUGAUACAAUGAGCUAAGAAGGGAUAGGAGGGUGCAGUAUUUAUCUCCCGUAACAUCACUAUGAAUGAUUUGUACGUAGUCUAAUUGAAGAAACAGUUUUUUUAUUCGAGAUCCAUUUUAGCAACGCAGACUUGUCGGGGACAAAAAUAUCCAUCCCGGGUUUCCCAUUAUUCAUCUGUCGGCCGUUACCAUUCCCACAUAUGGAAUGCUGAUUCCAUGGAAAUCGUGCACUCAUUCAGAGUUAAAAAUGCGGUAAUUUCAUCGUGAACGAAAUAAAAUCUGGCUUUGGGUUGUUUUGAGUGUGGAUUGUGGACUUCAAAUUGCACCAGAACGUGACAGUCCAGUCCUGAUCUGCGAAUCCACGUCAGAUUUUCAUGCCAGCCAGUUGGCUUUGAUGACACAGGACUUCUUGUGUUGAAAUUGCCUUGUGAAUGGGGGUAAUGACGGCACAGCGAUCCCUUAAUGAGUAUCCAUCCGUGCCACGACUUUUGCGGACUGUCUACGCGCCGGACAAAUGGACAACAUUCACGCAACUGCCGUGAGCGUUGUACAGAAGUAGCCGCGCACCCUUGUGGUUGAUUGUGGAUUACCAAAAUGUGUCCGAUCGGAUUCGUGUUGGCGCCAAACGUGGACAGGAUUUAAUUUCCCCGAAUUUGUCAGCGACGGGUGGCGUCUAAAAUGCUGCCACGGCACUGGCCUGGCUUUAUGGCCAAGAACAAAAUGCAGUCAUCCCUUUCACCUAUCACUUUCUCUGCACGCAAAAAAAUAUAUAUUUCUAAAAUCUUACACUGUCCAUGAUCCCUAACGGCCUCUGGUAGCGCAUGAUUUCAGCAGCGUUGAUUCGGUACAAGCAAACUACCGGUUUUGAUGCACAGUGUCUCGUCAGCAGUCGGGCUCGCUUGAGCUCUUGCUGGUGAACUGUGAGAUGGCAAGGGGGGGGGGGACCCCCCUCUCUCUGAGACAGGGUUCCCACUGCGCUCUCUUCUCUUCACGGCCGGAAGUGGCCCGCGAGUUUUAAUUCCGUACGGCAAUGGCGUGCAAACGAUAUUCAGUCGCUGCGAGCGUCUUGGGCUGCACUCAUCGGGUGCCCGAGGAGGGUGGUGAUGGGGGGGGGGGCAUUUGACCAGGGAAUUACUACGGCACAUCCAGUCACUGCCUUCACUACAAGGGGGGCCCUCUUGCAGUGGCACAAGAAGCGACCGGCGCUUUCCACGUGCGGUGGAUUCCACCAAAGGUGUGUGAAAGUCCUCCUGGUAUCUCACGACGCGGGCCCCCCCCCCCCCCUACUUGCGAUGGCAAGGGGCAACGCGCGCUGCAUUUGAAAGCGCGCAGCUUCUCGUUGCCCUGCUCGCCUUUGAUCAAAUCUGGGAUGGGCGACUUCCACCCCCACACCACCACCACCACCCACACCACCACCACCACCCACUUACACGCCGACCAUUCUUCCACCCACCACUCGGAAGUUUUACUCGGUGGACAAGCCUUGGCCAGCUGGAUGUACAUGUUGAACUUAUUUCGCACCGUACAUAGCCAACCGUGCUAAUUUUAAGUUCGAGGGAAAGACGACGAGCUAAAUAUAAAACGCAGUUCGAAAGAAAUGAAUUUUUCAAUUUAGAUUUAAAAGUGCAUAGCUCCGGUGGCUUCCUAACAUCGGAAGAGCGUUCCAGACGGCCGCAAAAGCGCGCGAUGCGGCGACCGUCUUUGUUCGAUGAUUCGCCAAAACAUAAAUAUCUGGAACAUAGACCGCCAAUACAAACGAGACGGUACAAACACAGAGACAAAAUAGACUUCACCAAAACAAAAGUCGCCACCGGGAGUGGUGAAACUUCACCUGUUCGGUGUCGGCAAUACUGCAGGGGUGCGCCCAAUCUCUCCCUGGGUUCUAGCCUCUACGAUUGAAAGGUUUUGUGAACGUGGGUUGAUGGCUUAACCUGGGAUGGUGCAGGGCGGCUCGUUACGGGAGGCUGGUCUGCUCGUGCUGUCUACGCUGCGGGCGAGGCCUACCGAUUUCUGCUGUAGAACGUACUUUGUGCUGAUGAAUCGGGUGCACAAUGACCCUUGUUUACCGGAGAAAGCCUCGCCGAGUCUCCAGAAUUAUUUAUUCAGGAGCGGUCCUGCCAGGGUUCACGCAGCAGGGGGCGUUGUUGCGUUGUGAAAAUCCCAACCGAGUAACUUGCAGGUGAUUUUUUUUCAGCAUUAGGAUAUUUGGCCAAUACCUGUUACUUUGUGUGUGUUUGAGAAGUUUAAAAGUGAACCUGGCCCCCAUGAUUUGAUUUUUUGCGAUGAGGUGUCAUCGUUCCAUUGUGUUUUUUUAAAUGGUGAAUGUAGCGGCCACGAGUGGCUGCAGGGAUGACGUGAACCCAUUGCAUGAAAAACACGCUGGUGGAAGAGCAUCGAUUCUUACACCUGCGAGUUGAUGCGUGCAUCGCGAGUUUUAGAAUCUUGUUAAUCGGUUCAUUGAUGCAUAGUUUUGUUUAUCAUCAAUGUUAUGGUUAUUUUCCCGCAGGAAAACUUUGGUUACAUUUUCCUGAAUCGAUUUUGUUUAGGUCCAAUGCGUUUCACUGUUGCAACCCUUACAACUCCCGACAAAGCAAAGUUAACAAAACUGAAAAUAAUUCUGCGGUACAAUCAUUCUCCACGGGUUGCCAUUAGCACUUGUGUUAAAUACAAUCUCUUUAAUUGACGCUCAAAGUUAAAGCGCUCAUUAUUCCUUACACUGAUGCUUAGCCUGUAUACCUUAGGCGUGUGACGAUUUCCCCCCUCCGCGAUUUGUUAAUUAUCACGAUGCAGGGUUGCGAUUUAAUUAUUUGUUUUAAGUGUUGAAUGUAGCGCCUCUCGUGGCUGCAGGGGUCACACUAAUUCCGCCUCGCGUGGGAGUCGUUACUCGGAGCAUCCUUCGUAGCUAAAUACAUGACACUGUAUAAACACCACGCGUUUGAGGAAAAUCCACACUUUGGGGACACAACUGGUUAAGACAAAACACGCAAAUCAUUUUCACCCGACAGUCCUAGUGGCCUGCAAGGUCGUGGGGUGUGCUCCGUGGAACUCCUUAGCAGAUAAGGAAUAUUUCGUCGGUUUUUAUAUGUUCAAAAAGUUUUUUGUCGAUUGGUGGCGCGUCAAAAACAUGGUUUUUUUUUUAGGGUUGACGGUCGUCCGUAUUAGUCGUCAGUCCCCCCAUACAGGUCGGGGAACCUACUGCACGAGACACCUACGGACACCAACGGGACACCAAUGUGAUCAUUCUAAGAGUCGACAAAUCCACUGGAAAAUAAUUGGUACUUUUAUCAAUUUGUUUGCAACAGCGAGGAUUUUUUUUUUUUUACUUAAAUCCAGCACUGCUGACCAACGAGUUCAAACCCACGACCACAGCGUGUGAGGUUGCGUGCGUGGCUUUUAGGACCCCCCCCCCCCCCGUGCCCGCCACGGAACGUACAGCCCGUGUUCUCCGGGAUUUGUCCCCACCUGCCCUCACCCCGGGGGGGCGAAGGGGGAUCUCCAUCUCGCCCAGGCUGCUCUUUGCGAAACAUCGCCGGAGCGUAAAUACAAAACUUCCAGUCCGUCGGUUGAUCGACGAUCGAGCGAGCACAGAAUGCUCGUGCGUGGCGGGUACUUUGUACCACGACCGGGACCUACAAUCUGAGAAAUAUACUUCACGGCGUUCCAGAUUUAUGUUUUAUUCUUUAGUUACUAUUUUGAGUUUGAUUUUUUUUCUCGUGUGCGUGCGUGCGUGCGUUUCUCCGCGGUUUUGUGUGGAAACUGUACUUAAGUGUGAAUCGUGACGUGCGGGUAGGGCACGCAAUUUAAAUAAACGGGGCUCUGCUGGA